AGAUAAAUUUCGGUGUCGUUCCGCGCAAAAAUCGGUGGAAAAAUCGUCGUUCGAAUUUCGCAACACCUAGUGGAAGUGACUGUGGAUUUGUGAAGGAACUGACUGCCCCGUGUACCGCUAGGAUUUUCAAAGGACAUUUGUUGAGAGGGGAACUCCGGUGUAUCGGGAAUAUACCGGCACCGUGACCGACACCUAGGCGCAAGCUUUCAAACGAAGAAUAUAAGUUUCAAUGGAUAUACUGAUGCGAUUCCCACUCGCCCUCGACGAAGUCGGUGAACCGAUAAAAUAUGAGGAUUCCAUCCCUUCGCAUUACGCUGCAGGAUGCGUGGACUACGGAGACCCACGAGGAGGAUCGGGUCUGAUGGCGGGAGCACACUCGCCGGCGCCUGUAGGAGGCAUUGCGUCUCCUGCUCCCGGCUACGCGUCUCCCGCCAUGGGCUCUGUGCCGGAUGUCCACAAACGCGACAAAGACGCCAUUUACGGGCACCCCUUGUUCCCUCUAUUGGCGUUGAUCUUCGAGAAGUGUGAACUGGCCACAAGUACGCCGCGUGAGCCCGGAGCGAGCGACGUAUGCUCCUCAGAGUCAUUUAAUGAAGACAUUGCGGUCUUCGCUAAGCAGAUCCGACAAGAGAAACCAUAUUACACGCCUAACCAGGAACUCGACAGUCUCAUGGUUCAGGCUAUCCAGGUUUUAAGGUUCCACCUGCUGGAACUGGAAAAGGUCCACGAGUUGUGCGACAAUUUCUGUCAGCGUUAUAUCAGCUGUCUCAAGGGCAAGAUGCCGAUCGAUCUCGUCAUCGACGAAAGAGACAGCGGCCCCGGCGAUUUGGGAGACAACAACCACAACAGCGGCAGCGGCUCAAACGGCGGAAGCAUGGGCGGUGGGGGUCAUCAUGGGAGUCACGGAGGUCACGGGGGUCACGGAGGACACCACACUCCUCACGGUGGAGGAAGCCGGCCCGACACCACUGGACACAACAGCACCGAUUCUAAUUCGACGCCUGAUCAGGGCUACGCAAUGGAUGACAUCGAACCGGGAGCAGACGACGACAACAGUCCGUACAGAAGGGCAGUUGGCUCCGCGUGGCAGUAUCCCAAAUACAGCAACUCUCGUCCACCCUCGCAAUCAAUCGGUUCGUAUUGCUCGACAGGAGACGACGUUCGUUCUCCGUCGGGAUCGGCUGCAGGCACACCAGGACCUAUCAUGGCUCCGCAGCCCGGCUCGCAGCACUCCGCAGAUAACAACUCUGACGCCGGUGAAUGUUUGUCCUACGGUUACAAGUCACCCCUAAGUACCGGAGACGCAUCUAUCGGAAGCGGUGAUGGAACGGGAGAAGAAGAUGAGGAGGACAGGAGCGGCAAGCGGCGGCAAAAGAAAAGAGGUAUCUUCCCCAAGGUGGCCACCAACAUCAUGCGUGCUUGGCUAUUCCAGCAUCUAACCCACCCCUACCCUAGUGAGGACCAGAAAAAGCAACUCGCGCAGGAUACAGGACUAACGAUUCUGCAAGUGAACAACUGGUUCAUCAAUGCCCGACGUCGCAUCGUACAGCCUAUGAUUGAUCAGUCGAACCGCGCCGGCCACCAGGAAGGCAUGGGAGGCAUGACAAUGCCUCCAGGCAGUUAUCCUCCGUCGGCGCAUGCCAUGUCGCAAUUGCGCUCUCCCGUCCACUCUCACCAGAUGCUUCUGCCCGGACACCCGCACCCCGCAGCAACGGCAGCCGCCAUGAUGAUGCAUCCCGGUCUCGCCGGCAGUGCGCCAUCGCCCUACGACGCCUCCGCACAGCACAUAAUGGACAUUCACGCCAACUAGGCUGCCACCAACGCAUCCACUGGCUCCGUACUAGCAAAGGAGGAGAUGGACUAGAGCUCUUCUACCCAACAAACCAACCAACCAACCAACAACCCACCCGACGGACCCGAGGAAGCACUAGAACCCUACCCGCCCAUACCCUUACCAUCAUCACCUAUGCUACAACUACUACAGACACUACU